AUGACUACGGCGUUUGCUCCAAAUGUCUUUCUUGCAUUGGCGACCAACUAUGUGCUUGGUGCAAAUAAUACCAAAUUGCUCGCACAGGUCACCCUGGUCGACUGGCGCGGCCAAACCGGUCAGAAAUUCUUUCCUUGGUCCGUCUUUUCUGACAGAGUAUCAGUUCUUGAUGUCUACGUUCAGCCGACUUCGACAAUCGUGGACUACCGGACAAGCACGCACGGCCUCGAUGCUCGCCAUCUCGCACCUCCUGAGGCACUUCCGUACAGUUCAGUUCGCGUCAACGUAGCCGAAAUGAUCAAUAAUCAUGUCAUUGUCGGCCAUGCACUCUGGUCGAGCCUUGCACUUCUUGGUCUUACCCACCCCGCCAUUCAUUCACGAGACGUUGCAACCUACACACCGUUUCGCCGUGCGCUAGGAUACCCACUCGACUCGUGUUCGUCUUAUCCGGCCCUCAAGGAUCUUGUGCAGGUCCUCAUGCGCAGAGAUAUGGAGCCCCUCUUCGUCAAUACUACAGAGACGGCUCGAGCGGCAAUGGACCUUUUCCGCUCUCAUCGACCCGCCUGGGAGGGUGUCAUUACCUCUGGCGGUUGGCCAUCGGUCGUCUUGCCCGCCUAUUGGAACAUUUACUUUACCUGA